AUGACACUAGAAAAAGCCCUCUGCGAUCUAGGUGCUAGUAUCAACUUAAUGCCCCUCUCAAUGAUGAGAAAGCUUGCCAUAGAAGAAAUCAAACCCACCAGGAUGUCAUUGGUGAUGGCUGAUAGAUCAAUCAAGACACCCAAUGGAGUUGUGGAAAAUCUAUUAGUGAACAUUGGAGAAUUUAUCUUCCCUGCAGACUUUGUGAUUUUGGACAUAGAAGAGGAAGGAAACAACUCAAUUAUCUUGGGAAGACCGUUUCUAGCCACAGCAAGAGCUAUUAUCGACGUGGAAAAGGGGGAAAUGAUCUUCAGGGUGCACAAUGAGCAAAUGAUCAUCAAUAUUUUCAAAUCAAUGCAACAUCCCCCUGAGUAA